AUGGCGGUUUCAUUCUUUUUUUUUUCUCUCACUAAUUCACUCUCUCCUCCUCUCUGUCUCUGGUCGUCGCUUUUUCUCUCUAACACAUUCUCUUUUUUUUUCUUAGUCACUCUCUCAAUAUCUUUCUGGUUUUUACCUUUGUGUUUAUUAUAUUUAAAUCUCCCAUUCUGUCUCUGUCAUUUCCUCUGUUUUUCCUCUAAAUCUCUCUUUCUUUUUCUCUCUUUCUUUCUCUCCUGUAUUUGUCUUUGUCUCUUUCUUUUUCUCUCUAACUCAUUCUCUUUUUCUUUCUAUAUUUCUUUUGUAUGUUCUUCGCUCUUUGCCAUUCUCCACUUCUUUGUCCUUGUUUCUCUCUCUCUCUCUCUCUCUCUCUCUAAUAAUGAUUUGAUUAAUUUGCUCUAUAACUCACUCUCUCCUCUCUUUGUUCCUCGUCUCUGUAUAAUUCACGCCUCUUUUUUUUUUCUCUUAAUCAUUCUCUCUUUCUAUCCUUGUCACUCUUUUUUCACUAUCUUUUUCUCUUCAUCCCCUUUUCUCUAUAAUUCACACUUUUACGUAUUUAUUCUUGUCUCUCUCUUUCUCUCUCUCUCUAUUCCCACCCCCACUUCUGUCCACUUUUUCUCUCUUAGUCAAUCUCUCCUUUUAUCGUUGUCCUUUACUCACUUUGACUCACACUUUCUUCUCUCUAAUCAAUUCUUUCCUCUUUUUUUUAUUCUACAACUCACGCUCUCCAAUCUUUGUCCCUGUCCCCCUCUCUAUUUUCUCUCCUCUUUUUUUUUCUCUUUUAAUCAUCCUCUCCACUUCUUCCUAUCUAACUCACUCUCUCACGUCAUAUUUUAA